CUGACUGUAGGGAGCAGAUAGGGGCGGAGGAGGGGUAAAUGAGUGAACCGACGGACGGGACUCUACCGACAGAGCCUGUGUCCUCACAAAAGCUGACAUGAACUGUAUCACCGGCUGCUUGUAUUUUGCGCAUCGGUUUUCCUUUUGUGUUCAUGACUUUGGACGCGAAAUCACUGAGACAACAGAGUUAUUUUAGCCUCCGGUAACAAAAAAGACAAAAGAUUUUCGCAAACCUGGGGGCUUGAACACAACAAUACCGACAAUAAAGAGAUGACGGAGGGCCGGCUGUGUCAGGUGCUUCUGCUAGAUGACAGGCAGCUGGAACUGCUGGUCCAGCCAAAACUGUUGUCCCGGGAUCUCCUGGAUCUUGUUUCAUCACAUUUUAACCUAAAAGAGAAAGAAUACUUUGGAAUCUCCUUCACAGAUGAGAAGGGUCAGAAGAACUGGCUUCAACUGGAUCGCAGGGUGCUGGACCAUGACUUUUCCAAAAAGAGUGGACCUCUUGAGCUCAAAUUUCAAGUCAGGUUUUACAUUGAGAGUGUUGCAUAUCUAAAAGAUGCUACCACCGUUGAACUGUUUUUCCGGAAUGCUAAGAUAUCUGUCUAUAAUGAAAACAUUGAAGUGGAGAGUGAGAUUGUUUUUAAGUUAGCCGCAUACACUGUUCAGGAGGCAUGCGGAGAUUACACAAGUGAUGAAAGCACAAGAUCAGACUUAAAAAAGCUUCCAGCUUUCCCCACUGCGGUAUUGAAGGAGCACCCAUCAUUAGCAUUCUGUGAAGAUAAAGUAAUCGAGCAUUAUAAGAAGCUGAAAGGCCUCAGUCGUGGACAGGCUAUCAUACGGUAUCUGACGCUAGUUGAAUCCUUGCCCGCAUAUGGAGUUCAUUACUACAAAGUGAAGGACAAACAGGGCAUACCGUGGUGGCUGGGGAUUAGCUACAAAGGCAUUGGCCAGUACGACCUGCAAGACAAACUCAAGCCGCGAAAGCUCUUUCUGUGGAAACAGCUUGAAAACUUGUAUUUCCGAGAGAAGAAGUUCGCCGUAGAGGUCAACGACCCUCAGAGAAGAACAGCUUCUAGACGCACAUUUGGUCAAUCUGGUCAGGUCAUCUACUCGUGGUAUGCCAGCCAUUCUCUGAUCAAAACCAUCUGGGUGAUGGCCAUUAGCCAACACCAGUUCUACCUGGACCGCAAGCAGAGUAAAGCUAAAAUAACUACAGCAAGAAGUUUGGGUGAUAUUGCCAUGGAUCUCACAGAGACUGGCGCUCCAAGGAACAGUAAGCUGGUCAGCAUGGAGAGUAAAGACAAGCUCAUCAUGGCCAGCAAUGGAAGUUUGGUCUCUUCCAAUUCUGGAGACAAUGAAGUGAAUGAGGAACAGAAGAAAGAGAAGAUUGCAGAUCUGAAGAACAAACAGGAGAGCCUAAAAGAAAUUCUGGCACUCAAGGAAGAAGAGCUGAAGAAAAUUUGCCUCCGGGAAGCUGAGUUGACCGGUGUGUUACCUGAGGAGUAUCCUUUGGCACCAGGAGAGAAUCCCCCUACUGUUCGAAGGCGUGUGGGAACUGCUUUCAAAUUGGAUGACCUUUUCCCUUAUGAUGCGGAUCCUCAUUUAAGAAACCUGGAGAGCUGCUUUGCGCUCCAGAAGAAGAUUGUGGAGGCAGCUAAAAAACUUGCCUAUGAAAAUGAGCUUUGUAAAACUGUGAAGAAGAAACGCAGGAGAAACCUUUUGGAUGCUACCAAAAAACUCCAGGAGAUCGAAAAUCAGAUUAAUGAUUACAGAGUGAAGAUUGGCAAAGAACCCACGCAAAGAGCUUCCGUCAUCAUUCCUGAUGAUGUGAACCUUGACAGCCUUUCUGAUUGCUUGAAUUUGGAAGAUGACGAGCCAUCGCAGAGACAACGUUCACGUUCAGUGCAGUAUUCUCCACGUCCCAACUCGUCAAACUCCUUCGCUGCAUCAUACCAUUCAGAUCACAUAGAUCACGCCAAUGAAGACUACCAGGAUUGCAGCAGAUUAAAUUAUGGUGAAGUCCAAGAACCUGUGGCCUAUAUACACGGAGACGCCUUAUCGACACACAGCAGCCCCUACCGUCAACCCUCACGCCAACCCACUGACUCGCGGAGCAUGCCCCCCACCCCUCAACUUCCCCGCAACGCCUACAGCAGCAUCCAGCUCAGCACUCAUUUUCGGCAACGCAGCGGCAGUCUGGAAUCUCAGUCACAGUUCCUUACGGAAAGCGAGCCAUCUGAGCCCGUCUUCACCAUAUCUCCUCCUCGUCGUAGCAAUAGCACUGAGAUACUUGACGAUGGUUCCUCUUACACCAGCCAAUCCAGUGUGGAGUACUCUGUACCCGGCUGCCAUUCCCGUGCUAAAAACCGCCAUCGGCGGAGGCAGGGCAACAUAUACGCCAACACGGGCAGCAUGCCCAACCUAGCACAAAACGAGACACGGGGUUAUACACCCCAACCUCGUCAACAACCAACCACCACAGCCUAUUACGUUACUGGAUAUCCACGGUACAUCGAACCUGAUGUGUACCCAAAUGGACCGUACAUGUACGAGACUGAGAUGGAGGGACACUAUAAUGUUAACCCGUCCUACUACAGACAUGACCCUCAUGGGAACUACGGCCAGGACGAGAUAGAUGGUUUGACUCAUAACCUUUAUGCCACAUUAAGGCCGUCAAGGAACCGUCCUCCAUCCAGGAAUGAGAAUAUUGUCAAAAACAUGCAAAGGGCUGAAGUAGUGCAACACUUGCGUGGUUGGUACAACCGACAGCACAGACAACCAGGGUAUGAUACGUACAGGGGACCGCAGCAGAACCUGGGCUACAGGACCAUGUCAUCAAGUUACGUACGCAGUGACAGUACAACUUCCUGCUCGACAGUGGGUUCGGGAAACUGGCACGGUCGACCAGUCAUGGCAAUGUCAGAGUACGAUAUGCCUCCCGCACACCAUCAGUCCUACGGCUACAACACUGUCCAUUACAGCCAACCGUCACACAGCAGGAGCGCUGGUGCAGUACCUGCUCUCACGCUUUGUUCUCCCUAUGACCGUUCUUUCCCUCACAGAGGCUCCAGCUUGCACUCUAAACGUGCUUGGCACUACCCUGCCAGCCCUCAGUACUAUCCUCCUCAUUUCUCCCAAGCUUGCUCUUCCUCCCUCCCUCCUCCUCCUCCUCUUCUUCCUUCUUCCUCCUCUUGCUAUCAGAUGAAGCAGAUGGGUUUGUCCCCGCCUCAAACUGGUGGUGCAAGACAUGCAAGAGUUAAUAAAGCUUCAUUUGCUAAGUGUAGCCCAUGAUAAUCCUAUAUAGAUGUGAACCACCAUGAUUCACACACAAGCAGCCCAAUGGACAGCAGCUUUGACUCUGAAGACCAGCAGACGCUCUAUUGGCAUGAGAACUCUAAACCUGGAACGAUAGUGUAGAGAGUGAGAGAAACUGUUCACUCUCAAUGUGCCUUGUUCUCAUCCCAUUUUGCUUAUUAAGUUCCAAAAGUAGGAAUGUUGCCAGACGAGAGCCUUAAAACAUGCGUGUGAAGUAGAUCCUGCUAAGCGACUCGAGAAUGGACAAUGCAUUCUUUUUGUGAACAAACCUAUGGGAUAGCACUUCGUCUUCAAGACAGCUGCUGUGGAAACUUUGGGUGAAGCUUUUGACGCUGUGGGCAAAAUGAGCUGGAUACAUCACCCCAAUACACACUGUGAGAUUGAAGGAUAUUGUAACAUUAAUAUUUCAUCAGGCACAAGCAAACAAUGAUAUGAAGGAUUGAAACCAGAUUUUUCUCAUGUGCAAAACCCUCAUCAAAAUAUUCCACAAGGCUUUUUCACACUUGUAUUGGUAGUCGUUCGUGCUGAUCUCGACAGACUUUUUACAGUGUUUUUGUGUGUUCGUAAACCGAGUACUUGGAAUGUGAUGGUGCAACAACAGCCUUUUCAUUCAGUAUUUUCUCAGUCAUCAGGUUCAAUUUUUAAUGCAUUCACAAUAACAAAUGUCCAUCCUUUCUGGCUUUGUACUGGGACCAUUUUAAUUUAGUUCACAACCAGCAGUGCUGUUUUUUUAUUAGUGUACAACUAACAUUUGUACCAGUCCCAAGCAGUGUUUCUGUACUAGUAAAUCAUGUCUAUCAACGUGUUACUUGGCCAAGUAUUCAUUUUCUUUUCUAAUCCUGUUAAAACGGACUGCAACAACUCUAAUUAUUGAAACAUGACUGUAUGGGAGUGUAAUUGUUUUUAUACGGUUACUAACAAUUAUCCAGGUACAAUAAUUAUGGCCAUUCACUGCACUUUUAUACUCUAAUGGACUUUGCUCACUUUGAAAGAUUGGAAACCGUGACUGAGUGCACAGCAUCUCUCUUUCUCUUUAGAAGGGAACUGUAUAUGUUUGUAAAUACUGUAAAAACAUUUGAUACAUUUUUCAUCAUUUAGAGAGUUUUGUUUUUAUCAUUUUGAAAGAUUUGUUUUUAAAGCAUAUAAUAUAUAGUUUGGAUUUCUCAAGCUGGUUCUUAGUAAUUUGUCUAAAAAAAAAAAAAAAAAAUCAUUGGAAUUAAAAGAAAACCAACAUG